AUGGAUUAUGAAGGAAUCUAUCGAAAAUCUGGAGGAGCUGCGCAAAUGCGCGCUAUCCAGAUAGCAUUUGAGCAAGGGGAUACCAUCGAUUUGAAAGAUCCGGAUGAAAUCAACGACGUAGCAGCCAUCACAAGUGUCCUCAAGCAAUAUUUCCGUGAACUCCCUGACCCACUUUUAACAUACGACGUAUAUCAAGAAUUCAUCGAAUCAAUUGCAAUGCAAGCCGAUCAAACAAAAACAGACAAGUUCAUUUCUCUUAUGAACCAGCUACCAAAAGCAAAUUAUGAUACCUUAAAGCUAUUAAUGCAACAUUUACACCGUGUCAAAGGACGUUCAAGUGAGAAUCUAAUGACUACAAAGAACCUUGCCAUGGUAUUCGCCCCGACUUUAAUGCGCGAUAGAGAUUCCUCAAGAGACUUUUUAGACAUGAGUUAUAAGAAUGCCACCAUGGACUUUGUUAUUGACAGAGCAUUUGAAAUCUUUGUUUAA